AGAUUUUUUGCCAGUUUUCCGACGAAUUUCUUGGGAAGCAAGAAAUUGAGUUUUGCCAGUUUUGUGGUUGUGCCGUUCUGUGCCGUGCUGUUGGUGAUUUGGUUCUUAAAUUACGAAUAUCUCUAAGUAGAUUAAAUCCAAAUCUGCGUGAAAUUUUAAAGAAAUGGCUGCAAGAUUAAUUCAAAAGAUUUUGAAAAGUAUUGGAGUUAAUACCUCUCGUUUUGGACAGGAGCGCUUGACUGAUUCAACGGUCCACGUCAAGGUUAGCACUGCCCCCACAUCAGCUCGCGGCUUUGCAUCUGGUUCCAGAAAAGUCACUUUAAUUCCUGGUGAUGGCAUUGGCCCUGAAAUCUCCUCUGCUGUGCAGAAGAUUUUCACCACUGCCAAUGUACCAAUCGAAUGGGAAUCGGUGGAUGUGACACCAGUUAUGGGCCCCGAUGGCAAAUACGGCAUUCCUCAGGCAGCUAUUGAUUCGGUGAAUACAAAUAAAAUUGGCUUGAAAGGUCCCUUGAUGACCCCAGUUGGCAAAGGUCAUCGCUCAUUGAAUUUGGCCUUACGUAAGGAAUUCAAUUUGUACGCUAAUGUGCGGCCCUGUCGCAGUCUGGAAGGCUACAAAACCCUUUACGACGACGUCGAUGUGGUGACAAUCCGUGAAAACACCGAAGGUGAAUACUCCGGCAUUGAGCACGAAAUUGUUGAUGGUGUUGUACAGAGUAUAAAACUGAUCACUGAGGAGGCGUCAAAACGUGUCGCCGAAUAUGCCUUCCAAUACGCCAAGGCCAAUAACAGGAAGAAGGUGACCGUAGUGCACAAAGCUAAUAUUAUGCGCAUGUCUGAUGGUUUGUUCUUGCGUUGCGCGCGCGAUAUGGCCGAAAAAUACCCGGAAAUUCAGUUCGAAGAACGUUACUUGGACACUGUGUGUUUGAACAUGGUGCAGGAUCCCAAAAAAUAUGAUGUCUUGGUAAUGCCCAACUUGUAUGGUGAUAUUCUUUCUGAUAUGUGCGCUGGUCUCGUCGGUGGAUUGGGCCUGACCCCAUCUGGCAACAUGGGCUUAAAUGGUGCACUAUUCGAAUCUGUUCACGGUACUGCGCCUGAUAUUGCUGGCAAGGAUUUGGCCAACCCAACUGCUUUAUUGCUGUCGGCUGUUAUGAUGUUGAGACACAUGGAGUUGAAUGAACAUGCUGAUAAGAUCCAAAAUGCCUGUUUCGAGGUGAUCAAGGAGAGCAAAUAUUUGACUGGAGACUUGGGUGGCAAGGCCAAAUGCUCAGAGUUUACAAAUGAAAUUUGUGCUAAACUAUGAAGUGAAUGAAUACAACUAUUAGGUUGUUUGUAUGCGAACGUCUUCAUCGUGUCGUGUAUAUACGCCAAUUUCUGAUUGGAACACUAAAUGAUACCCACUGCUGCUUUACCCAACAAUAACCUAAAUUGAUUAAAAAAAUUCACUAAAUAAGUAUGUAAAAACAAAUUGCUUAAAAGAAAAGUAUUGUACGUUCGAAUAGAAAAUUUAUUCACCCCUAUAUUAAACUGUAUAAUAUCAAAACGUAACAUAUUUGUUGAGCCCAAUACUAAAUAACAACAAACAAACCUUAAACUUCACUUGCUAUUCAUGUACAAUUCACUUGUUAGAUCGUUAGUCGUCUUACUACAGAAGUAUUCAUUUAAAGUUUUAUUUUUUCUUUGUUCUUAAAUUUGCCAUCAGGUAUUUAGUAUUUAUAUUACGUUUAUUAGACAAUAUUUAUUUAAAGAUAUUGGAUUUAAUUUUAUGUUUUAUUAUCGCCCAGAGUUAUUAAAAUUGCUAAUAUACUCUCAUAGUGAUUUAUUUGUCAUUACUUAGCACAUUCAAAUCAUAUAUAUUAAUUUAUUUGCCUAUUGUCGAUAGUCAAUUGUAUUUGAUGAUUAGAAUAUAGGCAAAAUCUAAUUCUCAUUUGAAAGCAGUAAGGAUACCAUGUUAUAUUUUUUUUUUGCCAGAACAAUAAACUAUUAGAAAAAAUGUCUGACUAAACCACCAAAAGUCAUUGUGAAUGCUAAAAGGUUUUGCAUGUUAAGACAACUCAAUAAACAGUUAAUAAAAAUGUAAACAGAAAUAA